AUGGCCUUCGCCCAGGCCUUGGCAAAUGUCAACAUGGCCUUGCCAGCCGCAAGCAAGGCUGCCUUCACCAGCAACGAAGCCAAGUUUGGGGGUGUGGAUGACAUGACGACAGGCUUGAAUAUGAACCAGUUCCCCAAAGAAGCAGCAUCGCCCGCAAGCAGUCCCUCGAUGGAGGAUCAAGAGAGCGGCCGCAACGUAAAACUGAGAACUAGAGAUUGUUCAGUGCUUAAAGAUUUCAUCCUCGGUCACUUUCCACAAGGAGCGAAGCUUAAUACUGCUCGUAUGGUAUUAGCAGAGGCUAUAGGAACUUUCAUACUGAUGUACUGCAUAUCGGCAAUACUAUCAAUGACACAGCUGCUAAAAGGUGAAGUGGGCCUAAUGGGGUACGCCGCCACGGCUGGGAUGACCAUAGUCAUCAUUAUAUUCUCUCUAGGGCCCAUCUCUGAUGCUCAUGUUAAUCCAGCCAUCACAAUCGCCUUCGCAAUCUACGGUCACUUCCCGUGGUCUAGAGUUCCACUCUACAUUAUUGCUCAGUUGACAGGUUCAGUAUUGGCGACCUAUGUUGGAGCAAUGGUCUACGGCGUUGAAUCGAGUCUCAUGAUCACACGGCCUCUCGGAGGCCUGGCUUCUGCCUUCUGGGUGGAGUUCUUGGCAACAUUCAUCAUGGUCUUCCUAAUCGCGGGAUUGACUUACAAUCAUCAAUCAGUCGGCCCGCUAUCUGGAUUUGUCAUCGGAAUAGGCAUAGGACUCGCCGUAGUGAUCGCGGGGCCAGUAUCGGGAGCAUCAAUGAACCCAGCGAGAUCGUUAGGACCUGCGAUCCUCAGUUGGGAUUUUGAGUCCAUCUGGAUAUACAUCAUGGCGCCGGUUAUAGGGGCCAUCGUGGCUGCUUUCGUGUACCGCCUUCUUCGCCUACAAGGCCGGGAAUCGAGCUCCACUGCAUCUUCUCCUAACACCAGUUUGCUGAUCUACUCUCAGGCGGCCCUUUGA